UUCAGCCUAUACGGAGCUUCUUGAUCAAUUGCAUUUCGCAACCCAUAGUAAUUGACUUGCAAUCUCGCGGUUUUAAGACACUGAAUUUCAAAAAUGGCUCAAGGUGGAAUGGUGCUUGUCAAAUAUCUGUUGUUUUUCUUCAAUCUCAUCUUUUGGAUCUCUGGCAUUGUUUUGAUGGGCAUUGGUGCUUGGAUCAAGCUAAAAUACAAAGACUUAAUUCAGCUAAGUGAAAGUAAUGCAGCAACUGGUGCAGUGUUUCUUAUUAUCAUUGGAGUCAUUGUUGCAAUUGUUGGCUUUUUGGGAUGUUGUGGUGCCUGGAAGGAGAAUUACUGCAUGGUCACAACGGUAUUGCUGGAGGAAGUUACCAAAAAGGCACUUGAUGAGGGUAUUAAGAAGUAUUUUAAAGGUGGAGAAGAGAAAAAGGCAAUAGACAAUGUACAGGAGAAGUUUGAAUGUUGUGGUGUUGAUGGUUAUGAGGAUUACCUUAAUCAGAAUACGACUGAACUCCCAGAAUCAUGCUGCAGGACACCAAAGUGUAAUACCACUGUUGAAGCAAUGAGAAGUCUAAAUAAUACAGAAAUUUAUACACAGGGAUGCCUCAAAGGAUUUGAAAAGUUUCUUCGUGAACACCUCCUGAUUGUUGGUGGAGUUGGUAUCGGUAUUGCUUUUGUCCAGUUGAUUGGCAUUGUUUUUGCUUGCUGCCUUAUGCGAUCCAUCAAGCAGGAGUAUGAAGUAGUGUAAUGUCACACUUGCUAGCCAAUCAGCAGUGCAGCUAGCAAAUCAUUAGACAUACAUUCAGCUCUAGUGUAACCCAAGUGUAGUGUAGUAGAUUGUAGCCUGCUGUUUUAUGUUAAUGUUGGGUCAGUUAGAAGAUUGUAUUUGUGAAGGUGCAAUUAACUAAAUGGGAAAAUUUGCCAUUUCUAUUGUAUUGCCAUGCAGCCUUUAAAAUGUAAUUAACAGCUGAGGUGUGCUUGUUUUUUGUUUCUUUUUUCAGCAUUUUCCCUAACUUAUUCUUACAACCUUAAUUAUCAACAAUUGCAUUUUCUGUAACCACAUGAUAGCGACUUGUAGAAGUACUUAUCUUUUAAAUCCAAGCCAAGCUGAUAAUUUUACCCAAUGUGUAUUUAGACAAAAUCUGUAUUAGAUUGUAAUAUGGACAUGAGUCAUUAAAUUUGUUGAGUAUUUGUUGUACAAUACC